GCCAGGAAGGGGAGUGGAUGUGUUGCAGUUGGAGGUUUAACAAAAGGAAGGUGUUUGACUAGAGUGGACCUCCCCAAUUUCUAUCCAUGGCGUGCUCAAGAUGUCCACUAAUACGUCAACCUUCUCUCACAAAAUACAAGAACAUGAAAAUGCUGCCCAUCGGUAAAUGUUACCAUGUAACGUUUCUCCACGAUUUCUCUUUCCGCUGCAAAGCGUGGGUCCACACGGCAAUCGCAGAGCUUAACAAGGAGGGAUUCAAAUGUUUCGACCUAUCUCGUGAUGGUGUACCAAAGCUAUCGAUUCAAAAACAGAAAAUCGAAGCGUUCAAACGAUCAAAAACGGUGAUAGUUCUACUGACGGAAAAGUGUUUGAAAAAUAGAACAUUUCAGCGGGAUCUGGAUAUGCUGACGGCCGACGAUAUAUUCCACAAUGGUGGAAAUUUGUACGAGAAAAUUUUACCACUAUGGUUGGACAUCGUUCCGCUUCCGGACUCAUUGUCAUACGUGCAGCCAUUGGACGCUAGUACGUCACGCGACAUCUGGUGGGACAGACUUGUUCGCGCCAUAGAUUUUGAAAGGGUGGAUAACUCCAACAACGAUACCGAUGACCUACUUACUACUCCGUUUUGUGAAGAAAUUGAAAAAAUGGCAAAUAAAUUGAAAGUACUUGGUAGCAGACAGAUUUCAAAUCUGUUGCACAUGCCAGUGUUUCUCGAAUUGUACCAUUUCCUGGCACAAUGCGCCGACGAACGCGUGCUUCUGGCCGUUAUGGAAUCAAAUGGUGUUUAUAUUGUAGACAGAGGCGUAUAUCCAGUGAAGCUUAGGUGCUCCUUGGAGUCAUGUGACCAAGAUAUGAACAUAGAACAACUUACUUUUAUGCAUAAGCGUGACCAACCGGAUGGAGCUUGGAUGCAUCUCGACACAAGCCUCGGCAAGUGGGAAAGAAUUGAAAUUAACAUGUGCAUGCUGUGGAAUCUCCCAAUUGCAUGCUACACAGAAACUGUGUUCGUGAAAAUACCUGAGGUGCAAGGUAUGGUGUUCGUUGUACACGCAGACUUCGAAGGACCGGAUCUUCCGGACGAACAAACAUGUGGACAAUGUCGUUUUUCCCGUGGUGAGACAAAAUACAGCGAAUACAAAGAAGAGUCGUGCCUUACACUUAUUCUUGAGAAGAGAUUAGCAAAACAUCACUAUGCAUACUACUUCGUUCCAUUCUGUGGACCUGAUCAGGAAGCUCUGGAUGAUGCCAAACACAUGCUAGAGCUCUGAUGUACAUUGUCCUGUAAAAAACAUUGUGAUCAAUGCAGCUGAUUGAACAAAUUCCUCUUUUACAUGACGCGUGCUUUUAUUGGUUGUAUAAAAGCGCCAAUUCUGAGUGAUUCUGAGUUGUAUGAAAAAUGAGAAAAACUCGGGUUUGCUUGUGCGACCAUGAUUAAGGGCUUAGAACAUGUACAUGUACGAGAAAAGCACAAUCUUCGUCGUAAAUGUUCAGGUACGGGGUAAUCCAGGCGUCUUGGUUUAACCAGAAAUGAUGUCUUCCUUUUAAAGAUUUUGGCUUGAUAGUGCGAUAUUUAGUAAAAGAGGUAUUACGAUAAGUCUUCUCUACAUUGCCUGUCAUCAUGAUAUAUUAUGAUCGUUUUGACUUUAAGUUCCAAUUGAUCAAGCGUCAAGUGCUUGAUUCCUAUUUUAUUUUGAGUUGAUUAGUGUGUAACCCAGGGUUAUACAUUUGUUUCAUCACCUUCCAUUGUAAGUUUACUACAUCUAAAAUGAUAAUUUUUGAUAAUGAUUUGCAUUUUUAAACAUAUCACUUCUUUUAUUCGCCAAAAGCUUGGUUCGAGUCUUAGUCUAUCGUUUGCCUAUAGCCUGGUUUGAGCUUAAGUCUAUCCUCGUUCGCUAAUAGCCUUUUUCGAGCUCGAGUCUAUCCUCGUUCGCCAUCAGACUUAUUCGAGCCUAUCCUUUCAGCGAAAGAAUGGUUUCUUAUUGAUGAAUGUGUAAGUUAAAACGAUUUUCAUCGUCAGCUUCUUCUCGUAUUGAGAAAUACUGCUUGUCUGACACGUAUUUCAUGUUAUCCGUUACACAUUUUUUUUUUAUUUUUCUAUUGAGAGAGAGAGAGAGAGAGAGAGCUAUGUUCAAAUGUUUUUUGUU